UCGCUGCACUGUUUAUAUAGUUUGUGUAGCUGUAACUUGGGACCAUUUUUGGAGCCGUGUGAUGAAGACGAGAGCCCGUGAGAUGAUGCGUUGUAAAGCCCCACAGGCCGUCCUUUUAGCGGUGGCAUGCUUUGCCACCUGCAGCAUUGCUGUCGCCGGUAACGAAGAAGGUUUUUGUUUUCGUCACCGGACACCGAUCGGCAAAAGGGGCGGGAAAUGCCAUGGGUUGGUUGAGAAACCUCCCGGGUCUGGUGCCCAGAUGAGCACUGCCGCUGAGUGUUGCGACAGUGGUGGUACCGGGUUGGCAGAGAGGAUCACUGGCAAGAAGUGCCGAGAUGCCUGCGACGGGGAAGCUAAUAGUCGAGAGCAAAAUAUGGCAGAGGAGGAUGAGGAUUCAACCCGAGUGGGAGGAGUUUUGGGUGAGUGGGGUGAGUGGACGCCAUGCUCCGUCUCUUGUGGGGUGGGCACUAUGCAGAGGCAGCGGGAGUGUAUCUGCAUGUCUCCUGGAAACAAGACGUGUUGCAAUGGUCAAAAUGUUGAGGAGAAGCUCUGCAAUACUAAUGUGUUGUGCCCAGUGAAUGGACAAUGGGGCGAGUGGAGCCAAUGGAGUGCAUGUAGCGCCACCUGUGGUGAGGCAAAGUCCCGAUCCCGCGAAUGCGACUCCCCACUACCGCAGCAUGGUGGUGACGACUGCACAGGAGACUACAGGGAUGUCGCAUGGUGCAACAAUAAAAGAAAGUGCCCAAUCGAUGGCGGAUGGAAAAACUGGAGUGCCUGGUCACCCUGCUCAGCCACAUGUGGACGUAAGGGUCGUCAGAACCGUUACCGGAGUUGUACAGAUCCGAGACCUGAUUUCGGCGGGCUGGAUUGCCAGGGGGACGUGAACUCACAACGCACAUGCACUUCAAACCGCAGAUGCCCAAUUGAUGGCGGAUGGGGCGACUGGAAAGAAUGGCACUGCCCUGAAGAAUGUUCACAAGGCAAGGAGGGCACUGCAUGGAGAAAUAGAUUUUGUACCAAUCCGUUCCCGCUGCAUGGAGGGAGAACGUGCAUAGGCAGCAGUGUGCAGCGCGAGCCUUGUUCAAGCGCCAUAUGUGCAGUUAACGGAGUAUGGGGUGAGUGGUCCAGCUGGUCCAAAUGCUCAUCGACCUGCGGCACUAAUAGUUUUAAAACAAGAAUGAGACAGUGUGACAACCCACCCCCUACAUUCGGUGGAUAUCCGUGUCAUGGGGAUAAGAUUGAAAGCAAAUUGUGUGACAACGACCCGUGCUUAUACAAUUCAGAGGGCGACAGUCAAUGGAGUACUAGUGAGAGUUCGGUACUUUGUGACGAUGAAGAUUUCGAUUUGUCCGAUGGAGGUAGUGGUUGUAAUGGAAGCGGUGAUGGAAGCAGCAUUGAUCAACCGGAAUAUAAGGACUAUCCCUAGAUUCAUCGAUAGAGGGCGUGGUACAACCUAAGUGUCACAUAGACGUUAUUGCAAAUACUCGGUACGUGCGCUGUAAGCAUUGGAUGAGGUGCACGCUGGUCUAGCUGGCGCUCAAUUAAUUUGAUCCCUUCUAGACCAGCAUGCACCUCAUUUAACAGUUAGCGCUUGCGCAAUGGAUAUUUGCGAAAAGGUCUAUUUUGUCCACUGCUGGUAAUUAAUGAAGCACAACUGAGAACAGAGAAGUCUGGCAUCAUAAACAUUGAUAUACCUCACCGUCUUAAAAUUGAUAAAAUUGGAUGGUUGUGAUUGCUGAUUGUUAAAUCUGACACCAGUCGCAACAACAACAUAAUAAUAUCAUAUUAAGCAUGUAGAUUGACGAGAGAGACUCAUUGUAAAGUAUCAUUCAUCAACAGCUUGCCUUUUACUGAAGCCUUGUACACUAGCUUUGGAAAUGUAAUCAUAUAUGAUAUAGCCUGUUAUAUACCUCAUGUAAAGAAUCCUCUAAUCUGAUUGGUUAAUCAAUGGAGUCAUUGAAAUAGCUAUGCCCCUUUUUCUGUCAAGAUGACGUCAUGGUGACUAUGCCCGGGGCAUAGUCAAUAUUGACUAUGCCCGCCCUGAAAAUAACGCAACUAUGAUAUGUAUAAUGUACGACUAGCGUUCCCCGUGUCACGGCGCAACCUUUUUUUCGCAAACGACCUUUCAUCGUAGUCAGUGUUGAUGAUUGGAAGAAUCUUUAUUCGGUAUAUCUUUAUUGACUGCUUAGUAAUCGGGACACAGUUAAAAUUAUAGGCCCUCGGUAAUGACAAAACCAUGACUAUGCCCUCGGCUUCGCUUCGGGCAUAGUCAUGGUUUUGACUUGACCUUCUGGGCCUAUAAACUGUGCCCCUCAUAGCAGUCAAUAUUUCCAUACUAAAGAGAAGGCCCAAUCCAAUGUGGGCAUGAUACCAUGGAACCCUAGCCUUUUAUUGCAAUUAGACAAUUAAAAUGAACUAUUAAGAGCGAAAUCCCGUUAACCUUUAAUAAACGUCUGAUAACUUGAUAUCUCAUAA